GUCCUGAAGAUGCAGCGUGCACGGACCGAACCCCCCGCCGCAUCCCUAAGUGAAGUAUACGACCCGUUCUCGCAAGUAGGUGAAGGAGAGAGGGCGAGUGGAAAAGCCGUGAGAGGGAGUGGGAAGUAGAAUGAACCAGAAAGGGAGGCAGCGCAGCGCAGCGCAGCGCCGCACGAACGAGCGAGCGAGAGGAUGGGUGGGGGGAGAGAGAGACUCAGAGGCAGGAAGUGUGCAACAGCCAGCGAAACAGAAAUGAAGGGAGUUUGAGGGAGAGGGUGGAAAAUCCGAGGCCCUCCGCCAACCGAGGGUGAGAGAGAAAGAGGGCAAGGGUCCAGCAGAAGCAAAGAAGCGGGAUCGAGAAGGGGAGGUUGUCGGAGUGAACGAACAUGCGUGAGAAAGUUACAGGACAGAAAGGUAGAACCGCUGAGAAAGACAUCUCCCGGACGUUGCCUCUCGAGAGAUUGCAGGAUGUCCUCUGAGACAAAAGGGAUGGGUCAGCGCUGGCCUCAACCAACUCGGUUGCAGAAUGGAUUACGACAUCAGGGAGAAGCGGGUCAACAUCUGGACAGAUCUCAAGCGGGCAUCCACACUUAUUUUUGGACCGGCCACGUAAUGAGCACCUGUGGACCGAAGCAAGGAAAUUCCACCUGCAAUGGAUACGAUCAUCCCCCUCUAGCCAAUCAGAGGGGUCACGUACGGCUAGACAAGAGCUGUCAGGCAGAGUUAAUGAGGGUGCAGUGGAACCGGCCCCUUGGGAACGGACUGCAACAUAACAGAGUCUCUGUGAACUACAGCUUGAGAGAAUGCAGCUUUGUGGCCUGCCAGCGCCAGACCGAGCCACACCUCUCCUCGGGGAAGUGUGUUUUGGACGCGCCAGCACAGUUCAGAGGUCACGGAAACUGUGGGUCGCCUGUUUGUGCGGCCGAGCAACAAUCAGGCUCUGUGAGAGAGGCCCUCCUUAAGGAGCCGAAUGCGUCGGACUGGACGAGAACAAGUGACUUUGAUAGCGUACUUUACACUUCUAAUGGUAGAUCGGCGGGACAAGACUUGAACCUGGCGCAUAAAGUUAUGUUCUCCACCAAAGAUUACAGUAGUACCCACCAGCAAAUAAGACGUCAGGAAGACGUUGCCCAAGGGGAUGUGAACGGACCAGGAAAGACGUCGAGCUCUAAACAGAGCCAAAGGGCAAUACAAGACCAGAUUCAAAACGUGGUGGUGAACCUCGAAGAGGUACUUCAUGGCCUGAAAGAGAUACAUCUGGAAAUGAAUGAGGUGGUCCGGCAAAUAGACCUGCUGACUGCGGACAUUGAUAUGGGCGAAGACGAUCCAGGUGGUGCUUUGUCAAGUAAGAUGAAGAUGGACAUACCUGAAUCAGAGUCUCCGAGAUGUGGGGACAGUGUAGCGGCAUGUUCAUCAAACAAGGCCCAACCAGCAUACUCCAUCAGGGAUCAAACGCAAUCACUUGGAUCAACUCAGGAGAUGGUCCAUUCCCAAAGACAUGAAUCGAGAACCGCUACCGGACGCCGGGAACAGAAGCCCCCUCCAUACCCGUACCCCAGCACAACGGGAAGAGUGAACACUAAAGCAAAAGGCCAGAAAGCACCACCUUACCCUUUCAGACGAAGACUACUCUCUACUAUUGUUUGAGUCAUUUCGUGCCAUGAACUAGAACAACAUGCACCGUUAUGGAAGAAAAAGCUGUACAUGGUGCGACGAGCAGCUUUUCGGUAAAAAUCAAAGGAUUCUGACAAAGCCUGAAAACAUCGUGGGAAUUCUCAAUGAGAAGCUCAACGACAUCAGAAGAUCAGAAGCCGUCUGGGACUGAGCGAGAGAGAGGGGAGAUAAGUGACACAAGACAAACUAAUGGAGAAACCAAGAGGAUGCACUGAAUAACAAAAAGAUCCUGUCUAAGAAAAACAGAAAGAGACAGGAGUCUAUGGAGCGCUUGUUUCAAACACGCUUUUGAACUUAUAUUCACACAGGGGACAAUGCCACAAGGACGGCACCGUCGGCUUGCUCCUGAGAAUUUCAAUGUCAUCUGAAGCUGUUGUCGUGAUGUCUUGAUGUGCAAACACGGCCGACUGAUUUUGAUCUGAGAGCCGAUGAGCUUUAGGAAUCUGAACUGAGGUUUGAUCUUAAGGCAGAUGUCAUCAAUGCCCUUCAAAAACAUUUUUUAUGUGCCGAGUUCAUAAAUAAAAAGUUACGUUCUGCAUUUUCUCAGUCUAAUGUGUCAAAGCGUUGAAAGCAUGUCUUCAUAUUGAAUCAUAUACGGAUUGCUGGAUGUUUUAGUCAUUGAAGCUCUGUCAAAUAAUGAAGAAUUGGUGCGUUUGAGUCUCCGGAGGUAC